AAGAGAUUAAGCCAGUAAGGGGAGGUGGGUGGUAAGAGGGGGUAGCUACAAAUAAGCAGAGUCCAGGCCUCCAGUUUCUCAUUUUGCUUCUCACUUCCAGUCUCUCUCCCGGUCGGCCAUCCUGUAGAGCAUCAACAUGAGCAGGUCCUAUUCCUCCUCCUCUCAGUCCACCUCCUCAUACCGCCGGACCUUCGGCUCUGGCCUGGGCAUGUCUCCGUCCAUUCCUCGCGCUGCCUACUCUGGCCGCGGCUCCAGUGGUUCUCACCUGGCGUCCCGCGUCUACGAGGUCACCAAGACCUCUUCGCCCAUAUACUCAAGCUACCGCAGCUCCUCCGGCUAUGGGCUGCCCUCCUCACGCUACGUCGGCCUGGGGGAAACCCUGGACUUCAGCCUGGCCGAGGCCAUGAAUCAGGAUUUCCUGGCCACGCGUACCAAUGAGAAGGCCGAGCUGCAGCACCUCAACGACCGCUUCGCCAACUACAUCGAGAAGGUGCGCUUCCUGGAGCAGCAAAACCAGGUGCUGGUGGUGGAGAUCGAGCGGCUGCGCAGCCGCGAGCCCACGCGCGUUGCUGAGAUUUACGAGGAGGAGAUGCGGGAGCUGCGGAGACAGAUCGAGGCCCUGACCAACCAGCGGACCCGAGUGGAGGUCGAGAGGGACAACCUGGCCGACGACCUUCAGAAGCUGAAGCUCAGGUUGCAGGAGGAGAUACACCUGAAGGAGGAGGCAGAGAACAAUCUGGCCGCCUUCAGAGCAGACGUGGAUGCCGCCACUCUGGCCAGGCUGGACCUGGAGAGACGCAUCGAGACUCUGCAGGAGGAGAUCGCCUUCCUCAAGAAGAUUCACGAAGAGGAGAUCCGCGAGCUGCAGGCCCAAAUGCAGGAGACCCAGGUCCAGAUCCAGAUGGAUAUGUCCAAACCAGACCUGACUGCUGCCCUUAGAGAUAUCCGGGCCCAGUACGAGGGCAUCGCCGCCAAGAACAUCGCCGAGGCUGAGGAGUGGUACAAGUCCAAGGUGUCAGAUCUGAACCAGGCCGUAAGCAGGAACAACGAUGCACUGAGGCAGGCCAAGCAGGAGACUAUGGAGUUCCGCCACCAGAUCCAGUCCUACACCUGUGAGAUUGACUCACUGAAGGGGACUAACGAGUCUCUGAUGAGGCAGAUGCGGGAGAUGGAGGACCGCAUGGGUCGCGAGGCUGGUGGUUACCAGGACACCAUCUCGCGCCUGGAGGCUGAGAUCGCCAACAUGAAGGACGAAAUGGCUAGGCACCUCCGCGAGUACCAGGACCUGCUCAAUGUCAAAAUGGCCCUGGACGUGGAGAUCGCCACCUACAGGAAGCUGCUGGAGGGAGAGGAGAGCAGGAUUGCGAUCCCUGUGCAUGCCUACUCCACCUUGAGCUUCCGAGAGACCAGUCCGGAGCAGCGCUCCUCCGAGAUGCAUUCCAAGAAAACUGUCCUCAUUAAGACCAUCGAGACCCGGGAUGGAGAGGUCGUCAGCGAAUCCACGCAGCACCAGCAAGACAUUAUGUAAAAGCGGCGAAACAAGAAACCGAAACGAAAGGAUGAAUUAAUAAACAAAUAUUGGACGUUCACGUGCCAAAACAGCCGUCAUUUUUUACAGGAAAAGUAUAUUGUUUUUAAUGCGCCCGACUCAACCGCUCACACUUGAAACGAACACUUAGUAGGCUUGCCAACAGCAGGAGGUGAACUGAACCAGAAUGAACCGAACGGGAAAAAAAGGAAAAGAGAAAAAGGGAAGAAAAAAAAAGAACCGACGAGAAACCCCAGAAAGUCACAGCUUUGUACUGCUCGGUAUUUACGUGUGUUGGUCCCUCAAAGUAUGCAGUACAAUGGUAAUAAAUAUGAGCAGUCUUCGCAA